GGAUAACUAAUAAUUAGAGAGUAAUUCUCAAUUUUAUUUAAGGAUUACUCUUUAUCACGUCGAGCGAUGCUCGUGCCCGAGUCUCGACUUCUUCUGCUUCUUGGCUCGAUGGCGAUGGAGGCGGUGGGUCCUUGCGGGUCGCGGGGCCAUCGACUUUUUCUUGCAGCAGCGCUCGUCGACCUCGUUCCGAUGGGCCCGAUGGUCCCGCUCGGGGCCCGACUAUCAUGGACUCGACUCGACGUAUAAUUCGCAGAUUCCCAUCCGAAUACAUCAGCAGGCGUAUGUGGAAAAUGGGGCUGCUACCUCCAGAUACUGCCCACGUAUCGCGCGCUAACAAGUCUCUGGUGCGUGAAGGGAGAGGAAAGACUGCAUUGAUAUCUGUCUGCACUACGUUCUGGUCUCUACAUUCUGCACUCGGUGUUGCAAUUAAAUAUUCGUGAAUAUUGCAUAUUACCCCCACUUUCACAUUUCAAAUCGACGGUGGACUGUUGAAUUUUUUUGCCUCACCACGAAUGCCACCAUUCCACCUGAAGUACCGGGAAAAGGUGCAACUUGAGUGAGGAUGGCAGGGGACUUAUUCUCACGAGGGGCCCAAUUAAUGAGGUGGUGCCAUGGCAGUCACUUGUUGGUGCAGGAACACAUGCUUUCGUGCCUCUCUUGUCCGUCUCGGCUUGAGCGACUGAGAUCAGACAGAGGGCAAUUCCAUGUGUCUGCAAUUCACUCCAUGGCCCUCCUCCGGGCCAUUUCUCCGAUUGAUACAAGUUCACGCCUUUUCUGCUGCAACCAAAAUCGUCGCGGAUGGUUUGAAGAUAUGAUCAAGUUUUGCCGAAUCCCCGAAAGAAAUGUCUCUCGGAAGGAUUCUGUCCCUAGCCCUGGCCCUGCCCCUUCAUUGGGGCCGACAUCGCCACAAUUAGAGGAAACACGUUCUCAUGGUGAUGGUUUGCAACCCCUCUGGAUGCCAAAUUGACCAUUUUCGCGGUCGGUGCGGUCAGUGUUGGAUGCCUCGUUUGCAUAAAUUAACAAAUCCACAUUUACUGCAGCGUGCAUAUAACGUCAGAGGGAAGUCAUCAAAUCUUACAGAGGAACAAGUGUCGAACGGAUUUAGAUUUAAUAUAUACGUAAUAAUCUAUGAAUAGAAAUUGACUCAGAAGAGAUGUAUCCUGCAUAAGCUGGAAUAUAACAUACGCCAGUCAACCAU